CAGUAAUGUUUCUGUCAUUCCAGUUAGACAUUUUGUUUUAACCUAUCCAUGCGUUUUAUAGCUCUCGCUAGCUGUAGCUAACAAACAGCUACAUCUAUUUCUACAUAAACAUCAGAGAUACCAGCAAGCUAGUCCGGUCAUUUUAGCCAAACUGAACCAACAGAAAUAUUUCCAAGGUGAAUUUUUGUUUAAAAAUUACUUUGACUAAUCAUUGCAUGAAGAAGCUCCACGGUCAGGUCGGUUGAACUUUGGCACACUGAACUGUGAACUCAGACGGCUCGCAGCUAAAGGAGAAACUCAGUUUGUUCACUCAAUACUGGCCAGCGAGGUAAAAAUCACAUCUGGUUUUAUUACCCCUACUUCAAAGCUGUGACCUUGCACUAUUGAAAAUGACAUCUAAGAAAGUGGUCGAGCUCUUCUACGACGUGGUCUCUCCGUACUCUUGGCUGGGCUUUGAGGUCAUGUGCAGAUACAGAAAUGUGUGGAAUAUGGAGCUCAAACUGCGCCCUGCUUUUCUGGGUGGCAUCAUGCAGGGAUCAGGCAACAAGCCCCCUGGUUUGGUUCCAAACAAGUUCAUGUACAUGACCCAGGAUCUGGCCCGCUUGGCAGAGUAUUUUAAUGUUCCUUUACAGACUCCAUCUGACCCUGCUGAUGUCAUGUUCAGAAAAGGCUCCUUAUCUGCGAUGCGUUUUGUGGCAGCAGUACAGGAGAAGGAGAAAGGUGGGGACAAGAAGGUGGAGCGGGUGUCCCGGGAGCUGUGGAGAAGGAUCUGGAGUGAGGACAAAGACAUCACCGAACCUGCAUCACUGUCAGAGGCGGCGAAGAAGGCUGGAUUGUCUGAAAAUGAGAUUAAAGAAGUGCUAAGUAUGUACACCUCGAAGGAGAUCAAAGACAAGCUGAAAAACUCCUCAGAAGAAGCACUUAAUUAUGGGGCAUUUGGCUUCCCCAUGAUUGUGUGCCACGUAGAUGGAAAGCCAGAGAUGUUUUUUGGAUCUGACAGAUUUGAGCUGAUGGCCCACUGCAUCGGUGAAAAGUGGCUGGGACCUCAGCCUGACAAGUCAACUGCAAAACUGUGAGAGAGAGAAAGAGGGAGAGAGUCGCAUUCACUGCUGGUGUGCUUUCAGAUUGUUACAUUUACAUCACAUAUUAACAGUGUCUUUGACUUUCCUUAAUUCUUACAAUUUUCAUAUCAGUGCUGUGCCUUGUGAAACCAUUCAGCAUAUUUUCAGUAUAACAAAAAGCUGUGUAAAUAGUGUAACAUACCAAUAAUGCACCUAAUAAAAGGAAGAUUGAUCACUUGCA